AUGCCAAUCUCACCCCACCGAAUCCUACCAAUUAAGCCUACUAGAAUCUCUAAAAGCGGACAGUCCUGUCUUCGCGUUCUCAGUCUCUUGCUCACACAGGACCUCGAUCAUCUCGUCGACCGGUUUUACGAAGCAAAACUCUACGACCAUUGUCUCACACGAAUCGAGAAUUACCAGGACCUUCGCGAGAAGCUGGUUGGCGUUGUGCGCCCCGGUGAAGUGGAGACCAUCAUUGUAGAUUUUGACAGGGAGAGAUGGAAGUGGUGUCCAUUGAACUUGACUCUGGACAUGGACGAAAACUUGCAUGGGACAAAAGUCAUUCCUCCGUUUUGUUUGAAGACUAAAAUAUCUGAAAAAGAAGGCACUGCGUCCAUAUACUGGGUGGCUGUACAGAAGGAUCUGAUUUCGGAUAAUGCACUUGCACUUGCUUUGCAAGGCUCGAUCUACACGGACGACGAGUUUGGAGAGUGUUAUCAAAUGGUUUUGAAAUCCUAUUGCGGCGACAAGCAGCGGGAGUUCGAGUUGGAGAAGGAAACGUUUUCAGAUCUGCAGUCGAACGACCAGAUCCCUAUACUGCAAUACCUGGGCUCCUACACACAUGACUACGGUGAAGGUGAGGGAUUCGGAAAGACUUAUAAUCUGCUGCUGGAGUAUGGUGAGAAUGACUUGUACCAAACAUGGGUGGACGAGACCAACGUUCCCCCUGUACAAGCCCAGGAGAUCUUACAAAGCUGGAAAUCAAUUUUCGAUAUUGCCAAGGCUGUUAAUCAAGUUCAUCUCAAAAUCCGGCGGGGCAAGGACCAAACCUGGACAUACCAUGGAUGGCAUGCAAAUAUCAAACCCGAGAAUAUCCUUAGCGUUCGCGGACGGCUAAAGCUAGCUGGCUUCGGUCUCUCUAGCUUCGCUUUUGGAAAUCAGGACCAGAACGGCUCAGAACGAAACGAGAUUGAGAAGGUGUUUACCGAUACAUACGCUGCACCUGAGGUUUCACGCACGGAACAACCGAAGGGGAACUUGUCCAGAGUCUCGCAGGCUAUUGAUAUCUGGUCGUUUGGCUGCAUACUAUCAGUAGCUGCAACGUGGAUAGUCUUGGGGCCCCAAGGUCUCCAUCAAUACGAACGUUUCCGACAGCUAGCUCCAGCGAACAACGUAGACGGCAUUGCUUUCGAUCGUUUCCACGAUGGGUCCAAUGUUCUACCUGAAGUAGGGAAGUGGCAUGAUUAUCUUCGGGGGCAUCUUCGUCUCUCAGAUACGACCACAGAAUUGGUGCUGGACAUGAUAGAACACAGGCUACUACGAGCAGAUUCAUCGGCCCGGUACAACAUAGGGGAGCUCUGCGAGAAGCUGAAAAGGCUGAGUGAUAGCGCCGAAGGCGAUAUAAAAAGUCUGAGGAAGCACUCAAGAGAGACGGAUCCUAUAGUCAUGAUUGCACUCAAGAAGAUUGAGGAAGAAGCUUUGAUUCAGAGGUCGUCUGAGCCAAAGAUUAACCUGUUACAACAACCGCUUCUACAGGUCAAUCCUCGGGAACGAGCAUCGAUGCAGAUAAAUAAGGGAAAAUUGAUCAAGAACAAGCCUCUUGGUCAGACAGCGCAUCGCAAACAGAUCCUAGAGAUAAAGAUUCUCGAGAACCAAGAGAUAUCCGAGAGCUUAUUCCACGGGGGUGCUACCACGGAAAGCCCUAUCGAUGACACCUCUCUUACUCAACUCCAGUUUUCUGAUCGAAAGAUCGAUUCCGAUAUCUCAAGGCUAGAGCGACGACCUGUUCCACGACCGCUUGCAUUCACAGGUCGUGAUGCGACACCGUUGCAACCACCUAUAGCUCCGUUCCGCGUCAUCUCAGAAGCAUAUGAAGACCUCCGCGAGAACAUAUCCGACAAAAGACCUGACCUAGAGCAACUGCAGCCUGAUCUGAACCUCAAAAUGAAGACCACGUGGUGGAAUCGUCCUGAUGGAAGGAUGGAUGCAUCGAGCGUAGCACCGAAGACUCCUCCUAAUGCACCUCCUUUCGAGUCGAACGAAGAGCCAAGCAACUGGGAAGAACAGGGUAACUGGGAAGAACAAAGCAAUUGGGAAAAACAAAGUGAUUGGGAAGAACAAAGCAACUGGGAGGAACAAAGUGAUCGAGAAGAACUCCUUAUCGUGGGCGACACUCUCUCGAAGAGCAACGAUGAAGGCGCGAAUGACGAUUGCGAAGUAGCCAGCGUAAAAUCAGAGUGUUCAGAACGUUCAGUAGCAGCGCAGGCAGUUUUCCAACUUUCGCCGAGCUUUGGUUACCAGGACAGGAUUUUGCCUCUCUGGAAGAAAAUCAUGAAGGCUAUGAAAUAUCUUGUACGACCUACAGUUCCAAAAGGGUACGAAAGAAUAGAGUGGACAUGUGAAUGCGGUGAAGAAAUGUACGGCGACUAUAGCAAUGACGAUCCUAUAGCGCUCAACCUCUUUGCAGCGAGUCUGCAAGAUUUUACGUCUAGCCGGGAACAAAGGCUGCCAAUAUCGGAAGUCAUUGGAAGCGAAGAUACCCGCCUGUCAGGUCAGGUUUCCGCUAGCAACGACCGCAGUGGGAGAGCGAGCCCUGGACAUAGCCAAAGCGGAGUUGCUAAUGCUGGCAGCUCGAUGCCAUCUACGUCAAUUCAAUUGCAACCGAUAGGUGCAGGAGUAGUGAGCAGCUCAUCGUCCUUGACACAGACAGCUGCCGGACGUUCUUCUGUCACUACUCCACUUUUAGUUGCAGGAAAGAAAACGUACUUCGAACUCUGCGUCAAUACUGGAACUUACAAUGUUAACCUUGGUGAAAUCAAUCUCAAGGACGUCUCGACCGACGCGGAGCUCUUCAGCCGUAUCUACCAAGAGUAUAAGAGAAUCCGAGGCCAUCGUAUAAGAAGAAUCUUCGUCAGGCCUGCUGACAUUCACUUCGUACUUUUCAGUGUCGAAGAAAGACAUCGCGUCGGUAUAUACGAAAAGCCGCUUGCCAUACCACCAGAGGACGAAGUCAGAGAAAAUAGGUAUGACUACAAAGAAUGCCCACUUAAGGUCAAGCCACCUAUCGAUCAUCGCAUAUUCUUCCACUACAUGAACAAGCACAAAGACCACAAAGAUGGUAGUAUGAACGUGCAUAGCACAUCCAAAUACCUCCAACGUCUACCGAAGAAGAUCGGCCAAAGUAUUCACGACACGAAAUCGGAAUUAGCGUUCGGAUGGGGUGUUCACAUCAUCGAAGGCCCGGAUAAAACAGCAAUUUCGAUCACUAUACUCCUCAUCGUUGUCGUGAGCUUCUUGGUCUCAGUACUUUACUGUUUGAUCGCGGAAACAGAGGAGCAAGGCUUUGGCAUUGGACAGUUUCUAUUAGCUGCUUUUUUCCCCGCUUUCAGCACUGUGCUUUUCCACUCUUUAGAGACUUGA